GCCGAAGAGCGUCUUUAUCGCGAUUUUAUGCCUUCUUUCCUAUAUCAAAAUUGAAAUUAUGCUCCGGCUACAGUGACCUACUCAAACUUCUGUUUGGAUUUUACACUGCAAUAUAAAUAUCAAAAUGAAUGGCGUGAGUUCUCUACAUCUCGGCCUUGAUCCUCCGUUUUGCGGCAGACGAGGAGCGAUGCCUCUCUCUUCAUCGUUCUCUUAAUAGCCCGAAGACGCUCAGAUGAAGUGGCAGAGCACCGCCAGAAACCUGAGUCUGCUGCUGAUCUGCACUUUUUAAAAGGACGAGAAAAACAAACUUCCGACAAGCGCACAGACCUCCGCGAGGAGCAUUUAUUUUGCGUUUAAUCAACAACAACAAACCAGCGACAAUGCAAGGCACGACGGGCAGAAGCUCCUCUUCCACUUCCACAGCACGACCCGCACCGAGCCCGAACUUGCAGCGGCCCUCUCUGAUCUUCAACAUCGACGCGGAAAAGCAUCAAGCAGCGCGGGCGAGCGCAAGUGCAAGGAGCAGCAAGGCCACCAUUUCGCCGAAGUCGGAUGGCAGUGGUUCAACGAUAAAGCCCGAUUUACUAGGUGGAUACGGUGGCGAGGAACAUCAAGCAGCUGCACUCGUAUGCAUUGCAAAAGUAACGUACUAGUAUAAAUUGCAUUUACAAAAUUCGGCAAGAAGAAAAGUGGAAUUUGUCAUGCUGUUUUACCAUAGGAGGAAGAUUUGUCAUGCAUAUUUGCAAUUAGUACGAGUGCGAUACUUUUGCACAGCAUAACUCGCAAACGUCAGCAACUUGCUGCAUCAAGCGGUCGACGUGGAGCAUGUGGAGAUUACCGAGCGGGACUUCGACCACGCCCAUAUCGUGCAGGACAGCGUUUUCGCGCGUCUGGGUCGGCACGUUUGCGACAGAAUCGUGGUGUCGGGAUUUCCGAAGCAGUAUGCUAGAGUAAAAAAAGCAGCGGUAUCUACUUCGCGUCUUUCAGUUUGUAUUGCAUAUCUAUCAUGUUAUGACAUGCACCUAUAUAAAUCCGAUUAUCUUCGUGUACAACUAGGGUGGACAUCAUGACUUGUAGCUGGGCAGCACGAGCGCGCUGAUUUUGCAGCUGAUUUUACAUGGCAUAAAAAGCUUCGGUACUACAACCGAGGGUCGGCCUAUUUCCCAUCCGACAAAGCGCAUGACAUCAACGGGCAUUAUUUGUACGACAACGUUCUGGGGUUGUACCGGAAAGAGAACGUCGCGACAGGAAGUACUAUCAUGGCAGGGGGAUCAGGCGAUAAUGUUAGAGAUGCACAGGAGAGCGCGGGCAAAACUAAACCGUUCAAAGACCACGAACAGCGCAUCCAGCCGCGGUCCUUCAGUAGCCGCGUGAGCGAAAGUAGAGGUGGCGUGGGCGGAGGUGGAACAAUGGAUCCAGCUCAAGGGAUCAUGAUGAGCCAACUUUCUGCAGGACGAGGAGACGAGGAAGAUCCGGAUAGCCACCUGUACCUUCAGUGGGUGUCCGACCACCUGGGGAGGUGGGUGGUGCACGAAAUCCUGCCGGGCACCGCGUUUGACGCUACCACCGGGCAUUUCAACUGGGACGAGGUGUCGGAGCACGACGACCGGGUGCUGGCCGUCAUUCCCGACCCCCACUUCCUGUGCUUCCACGAGACCCCACGACAGAUCGUGCAGGAGGCUUUUUUUUGGAACGGCAGGGCGGAUGUGAGAAACAAGCAAGGUAGCUUCAUGAAGAAGCACGUGCACUUGCGGUUCUGCGGCAACCACAUCGACGCCAUCUGCGUGCAGGGCAGCCACAAGGUGCGGCAGUCCUACGUGGGCGGCGCGCGGGAGCAGGCCUCGAGGCUCUACUUACCGAUCGAGCAGUGCGGCUGGAACCAGCUGGUGCGCAGUGCGAAGAAGGAAGUUGAUGUCGUGGGGAAAAGUAGUAGUCCUACUGCUGCUGCCGAUAAAGAAGAUGAUCCUGUGACGAGUGACAGAUAUCGAGAGCUGAGUCACCAGGGCGCGAAAGAAUUCGUUGACCAAAAGAAAAUCCACCUGCACUCCGCCAGGAAAGGGAAAAAUGGACGAGAAGAUGUUGGCACAGAAAACAACAACAACGCAGCAAGCGGCAGGUCGUCAACCCGCGCUCCGAGAAGUCCAGAGGAUGCCGACGACCUGGGCGUCACAUUGGACGACAACUUGACGGAUCUGGACCGGUUUUCCGCCGAUCUGGGAACGCACAGCUUUGAGAUCUGCAACCUCAAAUACAUGGUCGAAAAGGAGAAAGGAAAACAAGCAAAUAGAAAUAGUGGUCCCGGCACCGCACCGGGUAGUGCGAAGUCCCCGGAAGCUUCAACAUCAUCGAGCUCGAAACGCAAAAGCAAAGAGAGCGCAACAGCAGGAGAGUCCUCAACAAAGUCAGGGAAAAUAAAUCCUACCGCCACGACGACUGACCACGUCGACGACUACAACCUUGUCCUAUUAGAGACGCGCAAGAAUCUGCCCGCCACGGUGCCGUUCACCUUGCGCGAGAUCGUGGACCGAAACCGGGAAUUUGUGUUGCAAAACCUGGAAGAGUUCAACAUGCUGGGCGCCGUGGUCACCGUGAAUCACCGACAGGAGCCGCUUCUCCGCCGCAUGGUAGAAUGCUCGAGGGAAAAAGAGGACGUAGAAGAAGCGAUAGCGAACGAGGAGGAGAGGACCGCGGAAGAGCAGGAUGCAAGGGUAAACACAACAACCGCAGAUGGACCGAGGAAGCCUCCCCCGCCUCUAGCAGCGAAACCUAGUGCACCUGGUGCACAGAUGAAUAAAAUUGCCGACGGCGAAGAUCUCCAAGCCCCCGAAGAAAAAAGUAGAAUGUCAAACUCCCAAAACCACUCGUCUCUGUUGCAGCAGCUAUUCGCGCAUAAUCUCGUCCGGUCCGUUUCCCUCGGUCCGACGCUGUGGUCCUUCCCCUACAUCAGUCUCGUCGGGGCACCCGCCUGCGAUUUCCACUGCAACGGGGUGUAUGAGAAAUUGCACCCGCUGCAGGACAAGGAGGAGCAGCAGGGCAUUCUGCACGUGUACCGGCGGAGCUGGGUCAACGUACACGGCGACGUGCACGAACGGUUUCUAUUGGUCCGGAUGGACACGAAAAAAACCGUGCUGCAUUGGCGCUUGCAAAAGCACUACAAGCUGCUGGAAGGCGGUGAGGUGGACUUUGACGACGACGGGAUAGACGACGGUAGUAGGAACAAAGGCUCUAGCGGCACUGCUGUAUCAAGGCGAAGAUCAUCCAGGCGGAACAGUGGCAGUGCGUCUUUCUCGCCCGCUCGGCGAAGCAGGUCGAGCGCACAAGAAGAGCAGGAACAGAAAAGGUAGAGGAUCAAAGUAGUAGUAAGUGCGACGCUGCUCCUCGUCUAACUAUCAUGUGGUUAUCGUUUAUCAUGGUCAUCUGGAUGAGCGGCUGAUAUUUCACUGUAGCUGUAUAUGUAUUCUUAUCAUGAAUGUUGAUCUGCAGCAGCCAGCAGGACUACAUCGGCGAUGAUAUUUGAGACCUCUUUGCUUCGUCCUUUUUCUCUGGUCAACAUGCGUCACACUGUAUACGAAUCAAUCGCCACAAUACAGUACUUAUUGUUAUUCAUUGUUCUUCAAGUGCCUCCCUUUGUCCACUCUCACAGGUACACCGAGCGCGGGGAGGUUUUGUUCCACGCCACUACACCGCAGGAACUCGAGUUGCACGGCCGCUUGGGGCUGCUGCAACUGCAGGGCGCUUGGAAUAACAUAAACAUGGCCCUUCUUGGGGAGGUAAAUAAAACGAGUUCCCCGACAGCUGCACACCAACAUCAAACCAUUCUGCUUCAUUUCGGACACGAAGUUCACGAGGACAUGCUUGUUUCCUCCGAAGACGACGACAGCGAGGACAGCAGUACGGAGGAGCUGGAACUUAUGGGUGUGUCAGGAUCGAAAUCGUCAAAGUUGAAAUAGUUUGUAAUGCAGAAAAUGCAUGGCGCGAGGUACGUGCGUUGCAGAGCAGGCAAGUGAGGCCGAUUGUAAGCCUGUUUGGGGUUAGAGCUCGAGCUGCUAAAGUAGCAUGAGAAAAUCAGUCUUAUUCGCCUAAACAGCAUGACAAACUGGAUUUCAGGACCACCGAAAUUUGUCACGCGCCACUUGGAAACUGGGUUCCAACUGGCAUCCAUUUUAUGCAUGACAAACCAUUUCAACUUUGUCAAUUUCAAUCCUGCUAGUUCCAUAGAACUUGGCUAUAAACAACCGCAGAGAAGAAAAAGCAGCUCGGAGUUGAAGCAGGAAGUGCUGAAAGACCUGAAAACGGUGAAUGUAGGUGACAGGAGCUCCUUCUCCUCGUCGCAGCAUGUAGACCACGAAGGGUCGACGAGCCGCAGCGGUGCAAAUGCGAUGAACAAGACAAAUAGCAAACCCAACUACACUUCUUCUACCCAAAGUGCUGGUGCGGCCCCCUCCUCGCGACGGAUCCUCUCCCGAUUAGAUUCGGAGGCGAUGGGGAACUGUGCGCUGAAGCUCGUAACCAGUCUCCCGGGCGGGGAGUGGUGCAACGGGGUCUACACCAGAAUCGACAAUGUCUUACUUCCUUCAGACUCGUCCAAUAGAAGUCAUGAUUUUGUUCUUGAUGCGCACGCGCGGGAAAUUGUGAUGCAGAAGAGGCAGGAAGUCCAGACAAACCACGAGAAAGACCCGGAGUUGCACAAGUCGGAAUCCUGCCUGCUUUUCGUUCGAACACACGUGGAGGUCGACGGUUUCAUGCACCCGAUCCUGAAUCACCAAGCGCCGAUAGAGAUGGUGGGGGAACAGCAGAAUCAUUUUCCAGAUGACGUUAAACAUCUACACCAACCAUCGCAAGCUGACGAUCCAGCACCAGGUGGAGAGAUGAAUUUGGAUUAUGCAGCACAAGAGGACCUCGCGUACAAGAAAUCCCAAGUUGAGAGCGCGAAGAGCGACAUCUUUUUCCUACACUACAACCCAAACACCUUUGGUGGCAGCUGGGUCGUUUCGUGGAAGGAACAUCCGCCACCACUGAAAGAGAAUCAAAAAUCUUCUGGUGUUGCAAAUAAGGCGAGAAAAACUUCUUCUUCCCCUGAGAAAUCGUCUCCGAGCACCAAGGAAGAUGAUUUAGUACCCGACAACUACUAUCACAAACCCGUCCGUGGAGGUUCUCCGACGAACCGCACGAAGAUAAAGCUGAAACUGAGCAAGGCCGCGGCGGAACAGGUGAAAGGAAAGAGUGAAAAUCCGGGAGCGGUUGACGCGAUCGACGAUACAGCAGCAGGGGCCGUCGACCACUCUGCUUCGGAUAUCAUCGGUGUCAUUCCCGACCCAUUUCGGUACCACUGGAAGGACCGGAGUUACGAAGGCGAUUCGGAGUACGCGGGACACCACUUUUCCUGGGGACACUUCCAGAACACGGAGUUCGACCUCUGUCUCGGAAUGUUUCUGGACGACAACUACGCUUGGCAGUCUCGGGUGACCGAACUGAUCACGCUGCAGCCCUUUAUUGCAUAGGACUUUCUACAACUACUUAAUACCCGUUGCUGUUUCCAAGAAGAAAUUUCGAGCUAGAUUACGUGUAAGAUGGAUACGAAGAAUCUUGUCUUGCUACCUGCCUCUACCGCCCUCGUCCUCCUGUUUCCAAGAACUACAGAUGAAAGUAGAAAAGUAUAAGUACUGCCAACAAAAAGUAGUGGUGCUGCAAGCUGCUGUACCGGCAGGGGGCUGCACAGGUGUCGCGCUUUUGCCUGCGAUGCCAGCAUAUACCGCUGACAUUCCGAUGCUUCCUUUGAGUUCACCUACGUGACUGCUGACACGAAAAGCUUCGUCUUGAUGCUCAAUCAAGC